UUGACAGGACAACAUAAUAUCAAUCAGCGUUUGUAAUAGGUUUUCUUAUGCCAGCGAGAACAGAUCGACGUGAUGUAGCUUCCAAGUGAAAUAAGAUAGAUUUGUGAUAGUGUGUUGUCAAAAAAGUUCGUUCUUUCUUUGAAGUUUUCCAGUUGAUGAAAAGGUUUUACGCAUCAAUGUUAUAGAAGGAAAUAAAGCAACUAGCACUGCGGUAGCGUUCUAAAAAGAUGGAUCCCACACCACCAAGAAAACCUAAAGAAAAUCGACCAUUUUAUGCCCCGCCAGAAGACAAGCCCAGUGCUGUACAGAUCAUUAAUGAGGCUCGUUCUUCACUCAAGGAACUUAAAACCAAACGACCUUUCACCCCUCGGGAAGACAGAAGAACAUUAUUUGGACCUCGUCCUGUUAAUACCGCAGAUAAUAGACCUCCUAGUGCUUUCAGUCUUGACUCGAGGCAUUUUGACCCAGACUCCCGGCCAGUUUCUGGCACCAGACUCAGUCCCCUAGAUCAUAAGCCUUCAAUUUCCACUGUAGAGGAAGAUGUUGCCAGACUGCCAACAGAGAGCGAGGUUGAGAGUUUAUUACUGCCGCCCAAGCCGCCCACAGACUCUGGCAAGCCUAGUAAGACACGAGCCCGGGCACGCUAUGCUAACAGUGGGGAUAACUCCUCCGCAGACAGGGUCAGGAGCUCUGGCUCUGAGACAGAUAUACAGUCCAGCCAGCUGAGCCCAGAGUAUGAGGGUGUGGGUGCCCUAGAGGACGGGAGUCUCAUCUACCCCACAGAAGAGAGAGGGGAGGGGGAUGGGAAGGAAGCCCCACCUCAUCGGGCCCCCAGUGUCACUGCCAACACUCCCUUACCUAGUCAAAGGGCUGAUGGAGAGGAGCGCCUUGGCAGUGGGGGUGUACGGAGGUCAGAGAUUGAGGAAAGAGUCAGUAGUGGGGGCACACACAGGGGGUCCAGUGCAGGCUCUAGGGGAGGCAGUGCAGGAAAGCGGGAUGAUGAAAGGGAGGAGCAGGAUUUCUACAUGAAUCACAUAGCCCCCAUGUUGGACCUAAUGGCAGAGUAUAGUCAGAGUAAAGAUGCGGAGAAGCUUAUCUCACUAUCUGAGGAACUGUACCAGCUGUUACUGAAGAACGGCCUCCUGGUAAAGACUUACAAGCAGCGGUCGCGGAUCCUCAAGGCCAUCUUUAAAAUGCUGGACUUGGAAGAACCGAAACUACUUCUCCAACUUGCCAGGCUUAUUCUUGCUUUCCGAGUGGGUGGUAACAACCUGCUAAAUGUGUGCAAACUUGUGUUCAAAGUGAGCAGGAACGAGAAAAAUGAUCCUGCCUUCCUCGAUGGCAAUAUUCUAGAUUUACUAUUAGAGACGAUGAUCAGUGUUGAUGUUGUGUCGACACACGAGGCCCUGAUUUACUGUGUUGGGUCCAUGAAAUUCCUCACAGGAAACGCCACUAUAGCUAAACAGCUGGUGGGAAAACAGUGCAUAGAAAAACUCUCAACUUUACUGGAUAAUAUCAUUAAAUUGUCCCAGGAGAGUGGGGCAAACACUGAACAGCUCGGCAACAUCCUCGUCCAGCUGACUGCAGCACUGCGCAAUCUUGCCGACGCCAGCUCAAGUCGCGACCGCAUACUCGGAUGUCGUCUACUGGAGAGUCUCACUGCGGCAUCUGAUAGCUACUCUGGCGACGCUGAGAUUGUGCUUAAUGUCUCAAGAAUAUUCAGCAAGGUGACCCUGCACACAGACUGUUGUCUGGCGCUUUCUGGUUACAGCCUCUCAUACAAAGUGUUCCUACAUCUUCUCAAAAAACACCUCAAACGACAGGAUAUAGUUGUGCGAGUAUGUUUCAUCCUUGGCAACAUGACAGCAAAGAACGACGAAGCCCGAGUCUGCCUGUACCAGGAAUCAAAGUCAUUAGAAAUUGUACUCUCAGUAUUGAAGUCAUACUUGGAAGCAGACUAUAAGUCGCACAGUAAGCCAGAGCGUAAGUCCGGUGGCAGUAAGGACGAAAUCAGCAAGACAGAGGACGUGCUGGUCAAGGUCGUACGCGUUAUAGCAAAUAUCUCCAUCAACGAAACUGUCGGCCCUCAGGUCGCAUCUAGCAAGGCCUGCGUGGAACUAUUGAUACGAAUACUUGACUACAAGGACGUUGAGACAAGUGAGGAGCUAGUUUUAAACACAGUGGCCUGUAUCAACAACCUGUCAUACUUCAGUGACAAAUCCAGCGCCAUCACACACCAUCAGAUCAGGCUAUGUGACUGCUUAAUGAAGCUGAUCUUAGCAGAGAACAUGAUGAAGUCAAUAGUGGAGGUGUCACGAGUGUUUGGUAAUCUGACCAGGCAGAAACAGGUCCGAGACUACCUUCACAAAGAGAAAGUGGAUGUGUUGUUAUGCACGCUACUGGACUCCGGAGACAAGGAGGUGGUGUACAUUGCCUGUGGGGUGCUUAUCAACUUCAUGGUGGAUGAGGAAAAACGCACCAUGCUCAAGAAAGAAAAGGGCAUCAGCAAAUUGGUAGAGGUGUUGCGUGACUGUGGACGUGGAGACUGGGAGCUGGCGGGCAUGGUCUGUCAGACCCUGUGGAACUACAGUGGCAAGAUUACCAGCACCAAUGCCUGCUUCGGUGAGACAGAGUCACAGGAGCUGUCAGAGAUACUUAUUGACUUUCUAGACAAGGAGAGUGCGUUUGACCCCGGUUUUGAGCAGAUGGAUCCUGAGUUCCAGGACUAUAUCCUUGACACCUGGGAAAGCCAGUUCUGCCCCGUGGCCGACCAGCUGCUACAGCGGAUAGAGACACAUAACUCUGACUUCGAACCUCUAUAGGAUAUCCCAUUGGUCAUCUUUAAUCCUCCAGGGGUUAAUGACCUCCACAAUAUGUUGCCCGCAUAAACUUGCUAUGCAGGGAUGGGAUUUACUGCAGGCUAUCUGUUGUAGCAGGCAACAAUGAUAGUUUAAAGGUUCUUGGCCUGCAACAUUCCAGAGAGAAGGCUUUGAAGAGAGCUUUAUACGAGAACUACAGGUGUUUGUUGGUUUAAGAUUGUGAAACUGUCAAAGCUCUGGACACUAAUAUAUUCAUAGCACUCUGUUUUCAUUGGCUGUGGUGAAUAUUUAUUGCUUGAAAAGAAAGUGACAGUCCUGAUUAUUAAAAAAAAUGGAGUAAUGGUACAGACAUAACAACGUUCAAGAUUUUGAGUUUGGGAUGUUUAUGCCUGAGUAGUAAUAGACAGAAAUGGUCUAUUCAGGCUCAAUUUAGCAGAUACAUACAUUCUUAUCACCCAUGCCAGUGGUUUCUUAUUCGUGGAUGGAUAUUUCCGUUGACAUGUAUUUGUAACUCAUCUAUGAAGUUAUUGGGAAUGGGACCAAAUAUUUUGAAUACUGCUGGAAAAUGUGUUUUUUAAAAGCUUCUAAUAAAGGAGCCUGAAAUAGUAUAAAUAAUAUAUAUAUAUAAGAAAAACAAACCUUUUUUCUGGAAAUAACAGUCAUUUAUGAAAUAAGUAAGGAAAAAGUGUUUUAUUUACAUGAACGUGAUUUCAUUGUCAUAUAUCAGUUAUGUUUGUUUGUAUCUCACAUUGAUUCCGUCCAUAUUGUUUUCGUUACAGUACAAGUUGAAGAGACCACCCUGUUUUCAGGAUUUAUAAUUUUGAUGAAUGUUGCUAUUAGAAUUUUUGCUGUCUGUUGUUACUAGUAUUUUAUUUUGCAAUUUUAUUUUUAUUGAAGAUAAAAAAAUAGAGUUUUCUCCAUAGCACUGGUGUUGUCCUUGUCAUAAGCGUGCAUAAAUUUUCAGCCAUUUAACAUAUUCCCAUGAAACUUUGUUCACAUGUUACAAGUGACAAUUUGUAUUUGUAAAUCAAGACAUUGGGCUGAUUUUUCAGAAUAUUGUUAAAGUUAACAACGUUGUUAACAAUAAAACAUGUAAUAUUUGAAUAUGUGCUCACAUAUUUAAAUAUAAACAACUACAGCUGAAACAUUGUCCCAAAUCGUUUAAGGACCUCAGCUGAGUGCCAGUGUAUCUGAGCAAUAAAGAUAUGAACGUUAACAACAAUGUUACCUUUAACAACAUUCUGAACAAUCAGCUCACUGUGUGUAUUUCUAGAUGUCAACUAGUUGCCUAAUAAAUUAUUUGUUUUAAUUAUUUAAAUGUAUGUCCAUUUCAUUUCAUGACUAAUUAAGCUAUCCGAAAAAUAGUAAUGCAUAGUAGUGGUGGCUUGUAAUGCAAAUAGUUCCAAUGCUCAUCUUGUGGUUAUAACAUUUGAUAACCUUGACCAUGAACAUGAAUUGCCAUUCUAUAUUUGCUUAUUUCUAAAACUUUCUGUGACACAUUGUCAAAAAGUGGCAUUAAUAUUUAUUAUGCAGUAUUCGUUUUGCUAUAUGAUAUUCAAAUACCAUUGCAAAUUACAUGUAUGUUUAGCAUACACAAUAUUGUCAAGUGUCAGCUUAUGUGUUUAUUAUACAUUAUGAAUCUGUGGCUGCAAUUAUAACAAACAGAUGGUUGUUUGGUAUUGUUUAAAGCUGCGCUCUCACAGACUGACAGUUUUGACAUACAUGUAUUUUAAAAACAAAUCCCCCAAAUGAGCAGAUAUUGACUUCAAUGCCUUCAAAUUCUUUUAUCUGAGAGCGUUAAUCAUCAAUUUUCAAGCAUAAAUAUGAAAAACUGCAAUCUGAUCUUUUGUCAGCCGUCUUACUGGUUUCAAAACAUUUACGCACAAAUUUGCUCAUUUCUAGAUAAAAAAUUAACAAGCUGUCACAACGGUAAAUCUAUGAGAGUGCAACCUAAAAUUACAAUGUACCAAUAUAUUUGUAAGGUUUUUAAAGCUAUUAGUAGUACUACACAUCCUCAAGAGAGAGUUCAAAAUGCCUGUAGAAAUAUAAACGUGGCUUCCAUACAUGAGUACAUCAUGUAGCAAUACCUUGAUUAACUAUGAUAGAGUAGAAGAUACCGUUUUCAGUGAAAUAGAACAUUAUUGAAAUUUCUCCCAAAUAACAUACUAUAAAUUACCAUGUACAUUUGUUUGUAUGGAAUUUUUCCCCAAAAUGACCGUAAUAUAAAUUACCAUGUUUGUAUAAAAUUACUCCUCAAUAACAGUUAUAUAAAUUGCCUUGUUUGUAUGGAAUUUCUGCCCAAUAACGGUCAUUUAAAUUACCAUGUUGUAUGAAAUUUCUCCCAAUUAAGUAACGGUUAUAUAAAUUGCCACAUACCUUUGUUUGUAUGGAGUUUCUCCAAAAUGGAAGUUAUAUAAAUUGUCAUGUUCAUUUGCUUGUAUGGAAUUUCUCCAAGGUGACCGUUAUAUAAAUUACUAGGUACAUUUGCUUAUAAUUGACAUCUCCAUUAAUUUUAAUGUGGCAUUUAAGCAUUGCAUUCAGUUCUUUUUCUAGAUAAAAAAAUGACAUGUUUUCCUCAUUUACAUAUUAAUUAUACUAUUAUUUAAGUUAAGAUUGGUUACAUUUUUUCUUGCCUUUAUGCUGUAUGGACACAGUAGGGCACAUGAGCAAAUUCCAUGAAGGGCAUUAACGCUUCUUGGUCAUUUGCUUGCUCGCCCUACUGCAUUCAUACAGCAUAAAUGCGAUCAAUACAGAAGAUACUAUAUAAGUAGUCAUACAAAACAAAGUUUAUUAAAUUAGUUUUCAAAAUGUUUAGUUAACAGGUUUAAUUAAUUGUAAUGAAUGACCACAAAUGUGAUAUGUCGUUUAUAUUUUAAUACUAAUAUGAUGAUUUACAGUGCUAAAUACAUUAGACCUUGCUAAAAAGUGCGCAUAUUUUCAACAAUAUUCAUUUACGGCGUCACUCCAAGAGUUAUUACACUAGUUAUGUAUCAAAUAUAUAUCAAUAAUGACGAUGUUUGCCGUGUCAUUUAUGAUUUUUUUUUUAUCUUGUAGAGUUUUCCUUUUGUCUUUAAUCUUGGAAUCAUUUUAUACUUUUAUGUUGGGAAAAAUUAACAUGUCAUCUUGUGCAAUAUUGAAGUAUCAACAUCUUCCAAAUAUUUCUAAGCAUAAGUUUUGGUAGGAAUACAUUAAUUGAUUAGUGUUUUGUAUGUUGUUUCUUGAUACAUGUAAUAUAUCUUUGAGAUCAAGGAUUAAAGACUUGCUCUCAAAUAUUUUAACUUUUAAUUUAAUUUGUUUGAGUUGGUCUAUUUCUCAAACAAGCAAGAAAAAUUACUGGGCUAAAUUCGGUAAUUGUUGAAAACUAUAUUGAAUAGAUAAAUAAGCUGAAUAAAUUGUCAGUUUUAUGUAAAAUAAUAAAAAGCAUCCAUCUUUAAGUUACGAUUACAAUCUGCGAGAAUAUAAUGUCAAAAUAUGUGCUGUCUCAGCCAUCGUUUUCUACCAUUGUAGCUUAUUUUUUUUGUCACAAGCAGUAUUAUUAAAUUUGGGAUUGAUUUGUAACAUAAAUUAUUGUUCAAAAUUAGUAUAUGUCUGAUAGAAUUGCAGUAUUUUUCAAUGUGAGGAACAUUUAAAUUGAUAACUGAGCACUUGGCCCUUGUUGAAUUUUUAUCAGGUGAAUUGGUUGAUUCAAACUGAGGCUGGGUCAGUAUACAAAAUAUAAUAUAAUUAAACAAAACAAAGUUCUGUUAAAGACAAUUUAAUAACAUAGUCAGAUGAAGCAUUCUAUGGUGGCAGAUUGGUUAUCAAUUGUUUUCACAUUAGCUUGACGCUAAACAUGUUUAACUGCACAUUUGUUUAUGCUUUUCAUUAAUAAACACAUAUAUUGUGUUUAUUGUCUGUUGCUAUGAAUCAGUGUUACAUUAUGCAUUAAUCUAUUUUCACCUCACGUCAAGGGUCUUAUAAUUUCAAUUAUGUAAACGUGUGAUGUUCUGUUGUUAAAUUGCUAUUUAUUUAUUAUUGGUUGUUUUAUAAAUCUAUUAAUGUACAAUUAUGUUUUUGAUGAACUGCCGUUUAAUAAAUUUGAAAAAGAAA